AUGACAUCUGAUGAUGAAAGGAGAGUAUGUCGCCUUUCAGAAAGUAAUUUGACUCCCUUCAAUGUCAAUAUUUUGGUGGUUGAUGGUGAUGCUGCUUCUCUAGACACAACAAUGGAGAUAUUAACUUCCUUGAACUACACAGGUACUACACACUCCUCAGUUGCUUUAGAAAAACUUCGAAAUAAUGAAGAAUAUUUUCAACUCAUUGUUACUGAAGUUCACAUGCCAAAUCUCGACGGAUUCAAAUUGAAAGAAGUAGUUGAAAAAGAAUUUACAAUUCCAAUUAUAAUGAUUUCAUUUGACAACAAUGAGAAAAUCCAAGAAAAAGCUCUAGCAUCUGGUGUAGUGCGUUAUAUCAUAAAACCAGCAACACUAGAGGACUUCAAAGGUAUUUGGCAAUUUGCAAUUUCUGGAAUGAAAGGUAAAGAGCCAAUUAACACAAAAAUAAUGAGAAAUAUUAUCGAAGAAUCAAGUUGUGGGAGAAAGCAUCACAAAGAGUUGAGAUCUUCAACACUAAAAGAAAAACUAGUUAGCCAAAAGAGUGAUAUGGGAAAAGAAUCAACAAACACUUUGGAAAAUAAUGGAUUUGGUACCGAAAAGAAGAUCAAAGUUGUUUGGACAAAUAAACUUCAAAGCAAAUUCAUGGAAGCCAUAAAUAUUAUUGGCUUAAAGAAUGCAGUUCCCAAAAAGAUUCUCCAAGUCAUGAAUGUUGAAGGGUUAACUAGAGAAAAUGUGGCAAGUCAUUUGCAGAAACAUCGACUUUUUUUAAAGAGAGUUACAGGUUUGUUUGUCAUGAUUGUAAACAAAGCAAAGGAAGACAAUGAUAUCCUUUUGUCUAAGAUGGCAUCAGCAUACCCAGCAUUGAUGUUGCAAAUCAUUCAAGAAGAUAUGGAAAAAACUAUAAAGCAAAGUGGAAGGAGAAAUUUAAAUUUAGAAUCCAACAGCACAUACAUUGCGCACUUAAGAUUCAAGUUAUCUUGGUUAUUGAGUAAUGAUGUUACUAACUCUACGCAACAUUGUCAUAGCAAAAUGGAUCCUCAUGUUAAUAAUGUAGAGGUUUCAUCAAGCAAAAUCAAUAACCUUGGUAUCACAACCAAUCCAACUACACUAUACCAUUCAUAUCUCAAUGUGAAUGAUGCAUAUAAACUUAGAAGUGGUUCAAAUUUAGGGCAAAAUAUUUACAAUCGGCCAUCUCAAAACUCUCCAAUUAGCCCUUCAGGAUUAGCUAGUAAUAAGUUCAACAACACAGUAGGACUAUGUCAAACAUCAAGCUCAAAUUUAUCUAAUUGCAAUGCUAUAACAACUUUUCAAGGAAGGAAUGGGUCAAAAGGACUCUUGAUACCAAAUGAUAGUAGUUUGGUUGGAGUAGUGUCUGCUACCAAUGAGGUUAAUAGCACAAAUCAAUCUUCCCCUGUAUCAAUGGACAAUAACAUUAAAAACAUUGACAUGAAGGAGUUAUUUCGGCCUCAACAACCUCAGCAUCAGAUUCAUAGUCAAAGAUAUCAUCAAAUUUCAGCAACAAUGAAUAACACUAUUGCUUCUCAAGUAACUUCUGAUGAAUCCUUUUUCGAAGGACUUGAUGAUGAUUCUUUUUCAGUGGAAAACAUUCUUAAUCAAGUCACUAUGCAGUUGGAAUGGGACUAUGGCUUCAUUGAAUCCAUUCUCAACGAUAUGGCGUAA